UUUUCAUCGGGAUCGAGGUACCCAUGAAGGAAGAAAUAUUAUUAUUAUGUAAAAGUAUUUUUUAAUAAUAUUUUACCGGCCUCUUUUACACAGCUUUACUAACAAUGAAACAUCUUAGACUAGUGUCAAAACUGGGGAGGACUUUGGGGUUGACAGACCAAGGAAUAUUGAGAGGAUGGUCUGAAAGGUGCUGCAGAUGCGGGGGUUCCAGAGGUGUAUCCUCAGUAUCCUCAAAGUUUAAUUCAUUAGAAGAUCACCACACAGCAGAAAACUACAAAAAGAUAAUGGGAAAAGUCCCUCAGUGUGUGGUAGUUGUGACUGCAGGAGAGUAUGACAUAUUGAGAGAUUGCUGGUCAAAGAGAGGAAUGACUUGUACAUCAUUUACCAAUGUCUCCUACCAUCCUCCCAUUGUCUCCUUCUGUAUCAACAAUCCAAGUCACAUGCAUGAGUUGCUGUUAAGAACUCAAAAAUUUGCCAUCCAUGUGCUUAAGCAAAACCAGGUAAAGUAUGGUGUAGAAUUUGCAAAACAUAUGGAAACAGAAGAAUGUCAGUUCAAGAAAAUUCCCCAUGCACAGACAAAUGAAGGUGUUCCAAUAAUUUCUGACUGUGCUGCAGUAAUGGAGUGCCGUGCCCAUUCAGUACACACUGUAGGCGACCACCAUGUGUGGUAUGGGGGUGUGGUCAAUGCUGAAAUUAAUGAGUCAGAGGACAACCCUCUCCUGUACUAUAUAAGAUCAUUUAGAUCUGUAGGAGAUGAAAUAUUUAUCCAAGCAUUUGAGGAUGCCACGUUGCCUUUUGAGGAUUGGACUCAUGAGGCACAUUUGAGGAUGGCCUGGAAUUACAUCACAGAAUAUGGCAAAGAGGCAGCCACACCACACAUAAGGCAGGGUAUUCAGCAUUUUAAUGAACAAAACAAAGAAAAGGUAAAGUUUGGAUACCAUGAAACUAUAACCAUGUUCUACAUUGCGGAGGUAGCACAUGCCAUUAAGCAGUCCCCUGGAGUUAACACUUUUGAGGAGUUUGUAGACAGAAACCCAUACCUCUUUGACAAGACCGUUAUAGCACAAUACUACUCCCAUAAACAUCUGUACUCAGACACUGCCAGACACCAAUUUGUACAGCCAGAUCUGAGACCACUUCCAAGUUGAUGUUAGUACCUUGUUAAUGACACUUAAUUAAAAUAUUAAACUAUCAAGUCUUUGUGUUAGAUCAAGGGAUGUCACUCCAUCAGUGUAUUCCUCAUAUUGACUUUGAGAUUAAUUUAUUGAUUAGAAGUUUAGAACUUUUUCAUUUCCUUAACAGUGAUUGAACAAAUUUUCAUUUUACUAUUAUAAUUAAUAAAGACAAGUAUUGUCUUAUUAUUAUAGGAGCAACAGCUUUAAAUUUUUUUUAUCUAAUUUUAAAGUAUUUGAAAGUGUAAUUAAUUGUCAAACUUAUUUGAACCAUUCAUGAAUUUGUGUUUUGUUUGUUGUUUUUCUUUUUUACAUCUUAAAUGUGAAUUGUUUGUUUGUUUUUAGAAAGCUUAUUACAAUGUAGUUUGUUAUUUCAUUGUCCUCCAAGAAUGAAGAUUUUAAAUAGUUAUCCGUCUGUGCCAUAUACUAGUAGUAUAUUCCUUGGAUUAUGUGAACUGUUGAAAGAUUUUAAAGAAAUUGCAGGAGAGUAAGACUGACAUCCUAAAUAUUUGAUUGUGUGACCUGAAGGUAUUUCAAUGCUAAUGUGAUGAAUAUAAAUUCAAUGUUAAAUAAAAUUGUAAAUUUUAA